AUGCAGCAGGCGAAGAAGAAAGUGGCAGAAAAGAAGAAGAAGAAGAUUCAUCCGCUGAUGCGGCUGCUCUUCGACACGCACUGCCACCCACAAGACGACACGUGUAACGUGGACCUCAUUCCGCAACUGCCCGUCGCUGGCCUCUGCCUCAUUGGCGUACGCGACAUCGACUGGCCAGUGGUGGAGGAGCUACACAGCCGUUACGGGGACAAGGUGCGGGCCGCCUUCGCCGUCCACCCGUGGUACGCGCACCGGCGCGGUUCGGAUUGGCUGGAGGAGCUCGAGGCCCUUCUGCGACGCAAUCCCGCCGCCAUCGUGGGCGAGAUAGGGCUCGACCGUGCCGCCACGACUCCCGACACUGGUCGCUGUGAGCACCAGCACCAGCUCGAGGUCUUCGAGAAGCAGUUUCGCUUGGCCGGGCGACUGCAGCGCCCGGUGUCGAUCCACUGUGUUCGUGCCUUUGGUCAGUUUUUCGAAGCCGUUCAACAGAUCUUGAAAGAAGACGGAAAGAUGGCGCUGCCGCCCAGCAUCAUCAUGCACUCGUAUGGAGGCACGGCCGGCAUGAUGGACUCGCUUACCACGAUGAAGCAGGGGAUCGGGAGCCGGUUCUACUUCUCCUUCUCGCCCGUCAUCAACAUGCGCUCGCCCAAGACCGUGGAGGUCAUCAAGCACAUCCCGCAGGACCGACUGCUCAUCGAAACCGACCAGAACACGCCCACAUCAAUCGAAGACGACAUCAUGGAGAUGUGUGAGAUCGUGGCCAAGGCGCGAGGCUGGAGCGUCGAGCAGGCCGCCCGGAUUACGCUGGAGAAUGCGCAGCGGGUGUUUGACUUCCCUCGGAUCGCGCCUGGCCCACCGGAGAUGGACGACGACGAAGGGGCCUUCGCCUCCUUGGCCGGGCUCCACGUGCGAGACGACGACGGAGCGAAGGCCAACGCGACAAGCAACGAGAAAGACGAUGACGAAGAGGAGGAGGAGGAAGAUGAUAGCGACGGUGCCUCCAGCGGAUGGUGGGUCAAGAGACCAUGA